AUGAUAUAUGCACCAGAUACCCGCUACAAAGUGGCAUUCGGGCCUGAACGACGGGAGUUCAAUUUGGUGAUACGAGCGGUGACUCAAAAUGACGCGGGUGUAUACGAAUGUCAGGUCAGCUCAAGGGAUAAACUCUUAAGGCACGUAUUGCUGUGGAUAGAAGAAAUUCUCCUGUCAGGCAAGGGUUACGUGGGUAGCGGAGAUACAAUUCGACUGGUUUGCAAUAUCACUGGAAAUACAAAUUCACUACAAGAUGCUGACUGGUUUAGAAAUGGGCAUAUAAUUUUCAACGAAAUAAUAAUUUCCAAGGAGACAUCAAUGGCUCAAGCGUAUGCUAUGAAGACAGGAAUGCACUGGUCCUUGUUAAGCGCAAUCACAAUGGAGAACGUCAGGAUUCUGGACCGUGAGCCAUCUUGGUUCGAGAGAGGGGUCAAGGAGGCGAUUAACAUCCGUGCACUUAGACCGGCGCUUAACAAGGACGGGGGCCACUACCAACUCUCACACACCUGGGACCAUACUUUAACAUCGCUCACCCCGACAAUUAGCGGUGUUAACGUUUCCUAA